AUGGCAUCUUCUAAUCUACCAAUGACAGUUACACAACAACGAUAUUUUGUAAUAACUGCAACAAAUUUUCCAAAUUUAUUACAACGUACAAGACUACUUCAAGAAUUACCUGAGCAUCAUCCACAACAUGUGAAUGAUAUGUCCGGAUCGAAUGAGUCAGCAUAUGUAGAUACGCGUCAUUUUGAAGAACGACAUGAACAACUCUUAUACAAUACGUUUAGAUUCGAAUUACAAGAAAUAAUUCAAGCAUAUCUUCAAAGAACAAGACAACCCUAUCCCAUCAGUUUAGUAUUUGAUUUCUCAGGUGUACCAGUACAACGUUUAUAA